AUGGUUACUUCCUCUCCAAUUCCGCGCGAUGAGAUGAAGCUGAGCGGUGAGGGGUCGGCAGUACAGAAGAACAAUUUUGACAGCACGGCGUACUUGAGGAAGAUGCGGACGCGCCGGGCCAUCAGUUCGCGACAGCGCAAGGCCAAGACAAAGUCUGCUAAGACUCGCAAGGCACGGGGUAUGGAAGAAGCCCCAGAAGGGGCGACGGACCAAUGGCGAUCGGAAGCUUUGGAGAUACGGUUCCAUGAGCACUACAGCGAUAUGAAGCGCUCGCCUUCGACGGGCGAGAUCACGCUCAACGAAGACCGAUACGUGCUCGUGUGCGCCAAAGCCAUGGUGACCGAGUUCCACGCGCUGGUGCGCGACGUCUUCGCUCCUCGGGCCAAUAAGGCCGCGUUCGAGUUCGCCUCUAACGCCCUCUUCGACCUGGGCCGGGGGCUGGGCUCGGCUGACCUCACCAAUUUUGUCGAGGGACCUCACGCGCUGGGGCCGUCGCGGAAUGUGGCGGAAUGCCACGUCGGAUUCCGCGCCCACUGCACCCACACCGGCUGGGGCAAGGUGGUGAUCCACGAGAUGUCCAACAUUGCGGCGGCCAACGCGCACGAUUACUACAUGAUCUACGACCUGUACCACAGCGUCGAGGCCGAGGCGUGGGCGACCGAGAGCGAACCGCCGGUGAGCAGCGGUGGUGCUGGCCCGAACGGUGGUGCCCACCACCACGCCAAGGAGAAGCUUCGCACGCAGAGCGUCAACAAGGGGUCGUCAGUGUCCACCACGCCCGCCACACCCACCUGUUAUCUUGCCGCGGGUUAUGGGUCCGGUUGGUUCAGCGAGCUGUGGGGCCAGAGUAUGGCGGCGGUGGAGGUUACGUGUGCGGCGACGGGCCAGGGCGAGUGCUGUCGAUUCGUGGUGGCGCCCCCGCACCGGAUACUCCACUACCUCCGCUUCCUGGGCGCCGCCCUCGACCAGCCGAUGGCCACUCUCGCGGCAUUGCCCAUGCUCCACCUCUUUGCACAGGACAAGGACGGUGAGCGCUGCGCGUGGGGUCAGUCCUUCGACAGCAGCUCUGUGAGUCACUCCCAGUGA